CCUGUGAUUCACACUGUAGAAUGGCAGUGUCAAUCAAAGAUUCGGAGAGUCGACAAAAAGACCAAUCUACAGCGUGCGUACGCUCAUCACAUCACACUGGACGGCUAGACGGUUUGCAAUUUUGAACUCUUGAUCUUUAGAAAAGUAAAUCCCAUAUUUGAUAACAGACCCAAGAAGCUCUUUAUAUAAACGAAAAUUCUGCCAUUGAGGGAUCAUUCAACAAACAAAUAACAGAAGGAACAGUACAUUAGUGUGCUUCAAGCAGCGAGUUCAACAUGAAUUUCAAGAUAAUUUUGUUUGUCGGUUGUGUUUUGGGCCUUGUAUCAGCACAUCGCCAUUUCCACGGCAGACAAGGCAAUAGAGGAAGUUAUCGUCAAAGGCACGAUCACCGUUGGCCGCGAUAUAACCCACUUGUGCAAUUUGAAGUUCAAGAGCCGAAAGGUUUGACAGUGUCCACAAUUCAACGGUCUCCCAAUGUCACAUUCUUCGGAAUAGAGCUGUACGUCAAUCGCGAUCCAAGGUACCACAGUGACAUUCAUUGCGAUGUUUGUAAAAAUACUACAUCAGUUGCCUACGGAAAAUUCAUCAUUGAAGAUGAGGAAGCCAUAAUAAAAAAUGGAGAUGUACUGUAUUACUAUGUGCUAUUGGGAAAUAGUACAAACGUUACUCCUCCACAGCUACAGAGAUUCUGGGUAUCUGCUAAAAUUAUCAAACGAUGCAAUUGUUCAACCGCACCAGUUCCUCCUCCAGCUAUUCCAAACAUUGAUCUUCGUUUUGGACAAACUACAGCUCUACCUGAGUUGGACCAUCGUCCAACAUUCGAAGUUACACUCAGUGCUGAAGAUCCUCACACCCCAACAGAUAAUCCCUUCGAUGUGUAUAAUCAACUGAACGAGGCAAUAUUUCCACUCGAAUGUGACAUAGACCCAAUCACCAACCAGUGCCGUCAGUCAAAAAGCGAUUUACUCCAUACCAAUCAAGAUCUAGGGCGUGAAGUGGAAAUCCUGGAAGCAAUCAUUGAACAGAUGAAACAGGCACCAUGUAGACCACGUACUACCAAAGUGUUUAUGCUACGUCUAGGGCGUUCAAAUCUACCAACCAAAGACAUGGAACAGCUGGCGGAUGUUGUUCAGUCUUCGCUUUUGAUCAACCUGGAAAUGAAGGAGUUAGUGAGCAAAAUAAAAAAUAUUAUGCCGGACAAACGAUCUCCGAACAUUGUGUACAUCGAUAUGUUCAGCUAUGUGGAUAAGCAAAAGAUGUUGUACCACGCUCGGUUGAAUCACCUGAAUCACGUUAGUGACUACGAUUUGCUGCGGUUUUGAUGACCAAGAUAAGGGUACUUUUUGUAUAGAAGGACUGUAUGGAAAAUAAACUGCAAAAAUGUUAGUCUUUCCUAAAACA